CAACAAACCCUAACAAUGAAUUCGGGUCGUAUUUGUGGGCCUUUAAAAACCGCUGGGACCCAAGUUGGUUACCGAGGGAAAGCGUUCUUCAAUUUCAGAGUUCGGGCUUCAUUUCAGACUCAGAGUAACACUACAGUACAGAGUACAAACAUCAAACACCUUCUCUGCACGCAAAAACCAGAAUCGAAGAUGCAGAGAUUUAAAGCUCUGCUACCUCAACAAACUAGGUCCUCACUUCGCACUUUCUGUUCUCACCGUCGAGCUUUCUCCGCUCAACCAAAUUACUCAGAGCACCACGACGACGAUUCUCAGGAACAGAUUUUGGUCGAAGGAAGAGCGAAAUCGCGAGCAGCCAUUCUCAACAGGCCGUCUUCGCUGAACUCGCUCAAUGCUUCAAUGGUUGCUCGGUUGAAGAGGCUGUAUGAUUCCUGGGAAGAGAACUCUGAUAUUGGCUUUGUUCUGAUGAAGGGUAGUGGCAGAGCUUUCUGUUCUGGUGCAGAUGUUGUUAGGUUGUAUCAAUCACUCAAUGAAGGAAAUACUGACGAAGCUGAACAGUUUUUUAAAACAUUAUAUUCAUUUGUAUAUCUUCAAGGGACAUAUCUUAAACCCCAUGUUGCCAUUUUGGAUGGCAUAACAAUGGGAUGUGGAUCUGGAAUUUCUCUGCCAGGGAUGUUUCGUGUGGUAACUGAUAAAACUAUUUUUUCUCACCCAGAAACUCAAAUAGGUUUCCACCCAGAUGCAGGAGCUUCUUAUAUUUUGUCUCGUCUACCUGGCUACUUAGGGGAAUACUUGGCCCUCACAGGAGAUAAGCUUAAUGGUGUUGAAAUGAUUGCCUGCCGCCUUGCUACUCAUUAUUCACUAAAUGCAAGGCUUGCUUUGCUUGAAGAACGUCUUGGUAAACUAAUCACAGAUGAACCUUCUGUUGUGGAGGCAUCCCUUGCACAGUAUGGUGAUCUUGUUUAUCCAGAUAGGAGCAGUGUCCUUCACAGGAUUGAUACAAUUGAUAGAUGUUUCAGUCAAGAAACUGUGGAGGAAAUUAUUGAAGCUUUGGGGAAAGAAGCUACUGAAUCUUGUGACGAAUGGUGUUUGAAUACUCUAAGGAGAAUAAGAGAAGCCUCCCCUUUGAGUUUGAAAGUUACUUUACAAUCUAUACGUGAAGGUAGAUUUGAAACUCUCGAUAAAUGUCUUAUACGUGAGUACCGCAUGUCCCUACGUGGAAUUUCUAAGCUUGUCUCCUCUGAUUUCUUCGAGGGUGUUCGAGCACGAAUGGUUGAUAAAGAUUUUGCACCAAAGUGGGACCCACCUAGUUUAAAAGAUAUAUCAGAGGACAUGAUUGAAUACUAUUUCUCUCCUUUAAGUGAAGUUCAAUCUGAACUAGUGCUGCCAACGGCUUUGCGAGAACCUUACAUGUGAAACUAGCAUACCUCUAAGCAAUGCUCUUAGCAAGGAUUUCGAUUAAAAAAUAAUUCCAUGUAAAGAGGCGUUGAUGCAGUUGGAAGAUGCACCAUGAGCUAUCGCAUUCACCUGCCUUUGACAAAACUUCCACUACCAACGGUUCCUGUCUGACUGUCUGUCGGAUUAUCGAAUGAGCUUUCCAAUAUUCGGAAUUAUCAUUGUUCUUGAAUGUGUGUAGUCUAAUCUUGGCACCAUAAAUAUAAGUGAACGAACCAUAUCUGCUUUCAUUCUUUACUCUCAUUUCAGUUAUCAUGAAAACCAAGUUCAGCCGUUUACUGAAAACAUGAAUCAGGGGCUCGGUCCUACAAUGAUACAUAUCAUGGCAAAAAGUCAAACUGUAAGAAUAUUUCCUUGUAAGUAUAAAGUGAGCCGUGAGCAAUGGCAAGGAAAGACCAUGUCUACUGUUUGGAAUGCGAUUGAAUAAACAUCUUAAGCACUUAUUUAAAGAGUAUAGUUUGGAAGAAUUUUUAUGAAGUUUAUUUGGUCUAUAAAAA